UAGAAUUUCCACAAACAAACCUCUCCUAGUCCUUGUUGUCAGACUUCUAAAUUAUAGUUGUACCAACUAACUGACUAAGUUUCUUAAAUCUAAUUGACAUCAAAUCGUACAGUAGGAUCCUUUAGAGGUAUGGAAGUUGUGAUCAAAAGCUCAGUCUCAAGAUCUGACCCAAAACAUGGUUUCUACAAUUAGCCCUCUUCUACCACUACUAAAAAAAAAACUAAUUUUUAAAUACAAGGAACAUUUUGAAGAUGAUUUUUCUGAAAACGUAAUUGAAACCGCAAAAUAGCGACAGUUUUUGGUAAAAAAUCAUCGUCGAAAUCGAGACGGUAUUCAAAAACCGUCUUUAAAUCAGGACCAGUUUUUUAAUGUUUGUUCUGACUGCUCGCCCCCUAGCCCUCUUUGCCUCCGCUCACUCCGUCUUUUUGAAUGAGGUCAUUUUCAUUGCGCUGAAGGUUCUAGAGAGAGUACAGAGGUUGAACUUCUCUCUCCGAUCCCAAAGCCACCCACGGAGGAGGAGAAAAAACCCCAAGAGGAAGAAAAGUCCAAACCUGAGGAGAAGAAACAAGAGGAAGAAUUUUUUUUUUUCAGAUCACGAAGCCACCGCUCGACAAGGUCCUCCCGGAGCUCCUCGACCGCGUCGUCAAGUCCCUCGAUGUCUGCAAUGCCAUCAGCCUCGGCCUUGACGCCAUCAAGAACCUCCAGCGCCUCGCCGAGAUCGCCGUCGCGGCCCUCAAACAAACCCCCCUCGGUGACGGCCAGGUCCGCCCCGCCAAGAAGGCGCUCUCCUCCCUCGUUGCUGCCAUGCUGCACAACGACAGCAACGCCGCCGCCAAGGGAACCGAACGCACCCGCUCCUUCGGCCGCCGCGCCAGAACACCACCACCACCACCACUAUAUACAAGUCGCUGUCGUGGAGCAUGGCCAAUAACUUAUCAUCCUGCUUUUGAAUUAUUAAUGCUAUUGCAAAAAAAAAAAAAAACGGCGAAGAAGCGAGAGUUUUAUUCGUCACUGCAAAUAUAGUACACAACUAUAAAAUCCCUAACCCUCUUCACCCCGCACCUUUCUCCUUCGCCAUUUUCUGUUAGAAGACAAUGAUUACACAGCACGGCAAGAUCGUCGCGAAAGUAUGCGAAAACCUAUUUAGCCAUGGACCCCUCACUUUGGAUCAGUUGGUUCGCUACACCGACCUUACUAAGGACCAAGUCAGAAACUCCCUACUUGUCUUAGUUCAACACAAUUGUGCCCAAGCACUUGUUUCUGCUCCUCAAGAUGAUGAUGAUGAUGCAGACAGACUGAGAGUUAGAACUCAGUACCUGGUGUUGUUUGAUAACAUAAUCCAUCGGCUGAGGUUUCCCAAAUUCUUGGAGAUUGUGUUGCGGAAGCUUGAUGAAGAAUUUGUGAAGCUGCUUGUCGGAUUGCUUCAGGAUGGUAGGCUUACCCUCAAACAAAUGGUUGACAGAGAAAGUCAAGGAAAAGAAAAUGCUGUGCCUACAAAAGUUGUACGAGAGACACUCUGUAAACUUUUGACGGCUUGAUUUGUUGGACGUUGCCCUGCCCCUGAGCCAGUUGUUUCUACCUCAUUUAAGGAAACUACUUCUAGGAAGCUGGGUGCCAAGUCUGUGAAGGUAAUUAAAUGUUCACUAAGGUCAAAUUUCUUUAGGUAGUUGGGUUAUCUUUGAAUAAUGAUUUGGGGUAAGAGACAUUUGGUGUCUAUUUAGUGUAAAGCGCACAUGAGCUUUCUAAGGGAGUUUCACUAACAGCUAUGUUGAGGGACUUGAAGCUUUGUUCCUUUUGAUUAUCUCUUUUUUUCAGGUUUUAUUCUUUUGUUUAGAAGGAUUCCUCGUCCUCCUUCUUUUUGUAAUUUUUUCACCUCAACUUAUUAUAUUUCUUCAUCAUCAUCAUCAUCAUCAUCAUCAUCAUUAUUAUUAUUAUUAUUAUUAUUAUUUAAAUUGAGCUUACCUUAGUCUUUUGCUUAUUUUUCUUUUGACUUAAGAGCAAGACAUUCUCCCUGCUAAUUAUCCAAUUUUGAUAUCAAUUUACUAGUUCAUUAUUGAAUUUUGUAU